AAAAAGGAAAAAAAAAAAAAAAAAGACCCUCCCCCCGAGGGGUGGGGGGUGGGGGGGAGUGGGGAGGCAUCAUCGCCACUACAGGUGUAAUUGGGAAAUUUGGUGUAUAAUAUAUGUCUACCGAUUACUGAAACCCAUUUUCCCCUUUUUAUUUUAUGCAAAUGAUUUUGGAAACCCUAUAACCCCCAAAACUUCUCUAAACUCACCCAUUUCCCCAGCUCAUCAUCAGUUGGACAACUUCUUUCUUAACUCUGCUGAAUCAGAGGAAGAAGAAAAUAGAAGUAAAUGGGUUUCAUGACUUAGAUUUUGGAAAAGGAAAACAAGAGACAAAAUAUCAUAGAUUGAAAACAUCUUUUAAUCUAAAUAAAGCCGACAUGUUUAGAGAGGAAAGAUGACAGUAUAACAUAGUUUUUAUGAUACUUUAUACAAAAAAAAACAUUGUUUUCUAUGGUAGCUGAGAUUAACUCUCUUGCCUUGGGUUUAGUAAAGUAGUUGAUCAACUUAUGCAUAUUAACAAUCACAGACGGGAUUAAAGAGGAAAAGAUGAGGAUGUGGAGAUUGUAUUAUGGUUGACCUUUUCUCUUAUGGUGUUAAGUAUAGAUGGUUGACAUCUGAUGAAAGCUUGUUGAAGUGAAAAAAGACAAUCUUUACAGAUCGAAAGAAAGAAAGUUUGCUUGGUAAAGAUUAGUGCUCUCAGCUCACAAUUGUGACAUGGCUGCAAAACCUAUUGCUGAUACCAUAUGGCGGGGUAGUUUCAUGAUCUCCCAUCCGAAAGUGAGUUUGAAUCUUACGGCCCAUCUAUCAAGUAAAGCAUGCGCAAAAGUGUGGCUGGAAGCUAAAGAGAUGGCGGAGGUUCUGUGUUUUGAAUUGCUUCCCAGGCUGGAUGUCUGGCCUAAGAGUUUUAAAAGUUCUAAACUGAUUGAUGAUAAUAUUGCCAUUUAUUUCUUUUCAGUUAAAGGCAGAGAUGAUCAGGUUUUCGACAAUCUGCUGUACAAUUUAAGACACUACGACUUUGCUUUAAAAGCCUUGGUUGGUGAUUCUGAACUCCUUAUUUUUACCUCUGCUCAACUGCCAGAAAAGCAUCAAAGAUUUGAGGGUCAAUUAUAUCUAUGGGGCAUUUUCAAUGGAAGACAAGCUCCUCCUCAACACUCAUCCGAUGAUUGUUUCAUUUAUAAUACCCGAGUGACACAAGCUUCAACCCCAAAGUUAGCUAAUGAUGUUGUCAUUGGGAAGGAUGGAAGUUGCAAUGAAUUCUCCAAUAAGAAAGACCCUUCACCUACCUCAAAAACAGCUAGAAAGGGAAGGCCACUUGAUGAUGCUUGGCAACAUGCUACUCCAGUAGAUGGAAAGAAACAGAGGACAAUUUGCAAGUAUUGUGGAUUUGUCUCUUCCUCUGGAGGCAUUACUUAUCUUAAGACGCAUCUGGGUGGGGGUGAUCCAACGGGUUCGUUAAAGGGUUGUCCAAAUGUGCCACCUGAAGUCAAAAGGGUGAUGACAGAAUGGUUACAAGGAACUAUAAGAGGGGUGAAGGCACCACAGCUAGAGGAUAUCAGGACUGACAUGGAAGCAGCACAUACCUCAAAAAAAUCUGUUAGAAGGGGAAGGCCACUUGAUGCUGCCUGGGAACAUGCUACACCAGUUGAUGCAAAAAGGCAGAGGGCUGUUUGCAAGUAUUGCGGUUUCAUAUCUUCUUCCGGAGGAAUUACACAUCUUAAGGCGCAUUUGGCUGGAGGUGAUCCAAAAGGGCCCUCAAAAGGUUGUCCCAAUGCGCCGCCAGAAGUCAGAAGGGUAAUGGCAGAGUCUCUGAACAGAACAGUGAAAGGGGUGAAGGCCAUGCAGCCAGAGGAGAUCAGGAGAUACAUGAAAGCGGAAAAUGAUUGGUCUCCUCCCAAGUCAGAUGACUAUUCGUUGAAUCAACAUAGAAUUGUCAAGAAUGAGCAGUACUCAAAUUUAGCUAGUGGGGGAAAUCCUGUAAAGGAUAUGACCAUGUCAAAGCAAUCAGAGACAGCAUGUGUUGAUAGUUGUAUGGAGGUUAUAAGUUCUCAUAAUGCUUGUAAGUCGAGCUUUUUAAGCAAACCUACAACUAGAGUAGGUUUUCUUUAACAUAAUGCAUCUGUAGAUUGAGUACUAAGAGCUAGGAAGGAUGACUGCUUAAUCUAACCUGAGAGCAUGCUCCGUCAAUUUAUGACAUGACGAAACAUACACGAGUACAGAUGAUGAAGUUGAUUCUGCUGAUUUAUCAGCAAAAAAGUUGGUUCUUUUGAUGUACAAAUCUGUUAUGAAUCAUAUCUUAACCCAAUACUUGGCAACUUUGUGACAUUGCUAGUGAUUGUAUCUAUGAAUUUGUUGCUAUGCUCCGUCCAUCUUGGAGUGAUUUUGAAAGAUCUAUUAAGCAGGUUGAGUAAGUCCUCCCUAGCAAGGGACACCAUUUGAAAGUUCUGAAGUCUGCUCAUUGCUGAGAAUGCGAAACUGAAAUGGCUUCAUUAGCAUCAUGCGACCCUUACGGAGACUAAAUCAGCAAUGCUUUAGCCGAUGUUACCAAAGUGUUGCGAGGGUAAGAAAUAUAAUCCGAGUAAAGAUGUGAAGGAUGCUUCAAUGUGAGAUUGAGACCUUGGAAGUUGAAUUGAAUUUGACGUUAGCAUACACUCGAGUACUGACCAACAUCAAGGACAAACUUGUGUUAAUAUGCAAAUGCUCCUGCAAAUCAGUUGCCGGUAGACUCUGUAGAUUUUCUGUGUAUAUGUUUCUGUAUUUUUUGAGCUGCUUUGAGAUCACUAGAACUUUUUUCAUAUAGUUUAAAAAUAUUGCCCUUCGUGCAAGUUCGUCUAUUGGAACCUGCGAGCCAGUGUUUCAUUUUGGUCAGGAGUCUUUGUUACUACUCUCUACGACAACAAGAACAACAAACCCCUGGGAGACGUAACAUUCUCUAACCUUGUCUAUUUGGAAAGCACAUCGCCUAUGUACACUUCAUUAA